AUGAAAGUUCAGAGUUCGAAAGUCACCAAGAGACGUCUGUUUCCAGAAACACUCGAGCUGAUACGCCAGUGUGGAAACGCACGAGCUGCAGGCAAUCGCGAACUAACGUCUGAACUUGCAAAGCAUUGCAGAGAGGCGAUAAGUGAAGAUCUUAGAGAGAGAAGAGCAGCAGUAAUGGCCGAAGCUGCAGAGGCUGGCGAAGGUAUUCGCAAAGGAACAGUUAUAGCGUUCAGAAAGGUAAUGGAAAAAAUCAUUCGCGAAUGCUACUCGGAUCUCUUCGAUAGCCACGUCCACCUUUGGUCAUAUGAAAUAAAGUAG